AUCUCUCCUCUUUCCAGCGGUCCGGGGUGGCUGCGAGUGGGGGGCCGGAGACGUGCCUCGCAAAGUGGAGUCUUUGCAUUGGCAGGCUGAUGGUGACACGUGCCUUAUCCUCGCCUCCCCCAGGCUCUACGCUACCGCAUUGGCAUCAGUGACGGCUGAGGGAAACCAACUGUGGGAUCGCUGCCGCUUACGACCGUAAGGGAAAACCCAAUAAACAAAAAAUACAACCGAUAUUAACAAAAAGAAGAAGGAAGGACCCGAAGGUGUCGCCCAUUGCAAUUACGCGUCAUAAUUUCUCUCUCUUAGUUGGUUCGUAUAGUCUGACUUAACCGUUUAUAAUUUCUUUGUUUUCGUUCCCAGAGAUAUACUGUUGAAAACAAGAUGCGAGAAGUGGGGGCACACAUCUGAAGGUGACAUGAAACAGAGGAUUACCAAGAAAACGCACUCUUUUCGCAAUAGCUGGAGAUAACAACUGAAAACUUCAAUCCGAAAGGCUUUCGAAGACGUCGGGGUAUCAUUCGCAUGGUGUUACUCUGGAUCUGAUCUCCAGUUUCAAGAGAAAAUUGUAAUUCAUUAUUGAACGCAUAUAUUUACAAAUAUAUAUAUAAUACAUUUAAAGUCGGAACCAUGGCGACGUUAAUCCGAAGCAAGAUUUCCAAUAAGAUAUCUAAUGCGGCUAAUACGGUGUCGAAUAAGUCACAGGCUAAGGUGAGCGGGAUGUUCGCCAGAAUGGGCUUCCAGGCCGCCACCGACGAAGAGGCGCUGGGUUUCGCUGCCUGCGAUGAUUUGGAUUAUGACCACAGACAAGGACUGCAGAUGGACAUUCUCAAGACGGACGAGGUAGGAGGGGAGGGCGGUGGAGACCUUGGCGACGGCACCAUCGAAGGGGACAGCCAUUACCAGAGGGACGGCACUGGUCCCCCGCCUUCCUCUUCCAAAGACGGUGGGAUAUGCGACGAGUUGGGCGGCCAAGACAAACCCAAAAUCACAGCCUGGGAAGCCGGCUGGAACGUUACCAACGCAAUUCAGGGGAUGUUCGUACUGGGGCUGCCCUAUGCCAUACUCCAUGGUGGAUACCUCGGAUUGUUCCUCAUCAUAUUCGCUGCGGUCGUCUGCUGUUACACUGGGAAAAUCUUAAUCGCCUGUCUAUACGAAGAGAAUGAGGAUGGAGAGCUGGUGCGUGUGAGGGACUCUUACGUGGACAUCGCCAACGCUUGCUGUGCGCCGAGGUUCCCCAGUCUAGGCGGCAGGGUGGUGAACGUGGCCCAGAUAAUUGAGCUGGUGAUGACCUGCAUCCUGUACGUGGUGGUCAGCGGAAAUCUCAUGUACAACAGCUUCCCCAGCCUUCCAGUGUCGCAGAAAUCCUGGGCUAUCAUCGCCACGGCUGCGCUCUUGCCGUGCGCCUUUCUCAAGAACCUUAAGGCUGUUUCCAAAUUCAGCUUACUCUGCACACUGGCCCAUUUCGUCAUCAACGUCCUUGUCAUAGCUUAUUGUCUAUCCAGGGCCCGAGACUGGGCCUGGGAUAAGGUCAAGUUCUACAUCGACGUCAAGAAAUUCCCCAUCUCCAUCGGGAUCAUUGUGUUCAGCUACACGUCACAGAUCUUCCUGCCAUCGCUGGAGGGGAACAUGCAGAAGCCCAGCGAGUUCCACUGCAUGAUGAACUGGACCCACAUCGCGGCCUGCGUGCUCAAGGGCCUGUUUGCCCUCGUGGCUUACUUGACCUGGGCAGAUGAAACCAAGGAGGUCAUCACAGAUAACCUGCCGUCAACUAUACGGGCCGUGGUGAACCUUUUCCUGGUGUCGAAGGCGCUGCUGUCGUACCCGCUGCCGUUCUUCGCCGCGGUGGAGGUCCUGGAGAAAUCCCUCUUCCAGGACGGCGGACGGGCAGUCUUUCCAGAUUGCUAUGGAGGCGAUGGACGCCUGAAGGCCUGGGGUCUCUCGCUUCGGUGCGGCUUGGUGGUCUUCACGUUGCUCAUGGCCAUUUAUGUUCCACACUUCGCCCUCCUGAUGGGUCUCACUGGAAGCCUGACAGGAGCCGGCUUGUGUUUUCUGCUUCCCAGCCUCUUUCAUCUGAAGCUUCUCUGGAGGAAGCUCCUGUGGCACCAAGUCUUCUUCGAUGUGGCUAUAUUUGUAAUAGGGGGUAUAUGCAGCAUUUCCGGCUUCAUUCAUUCAAUGGAGGGUCUCAUAGAGGCAUACAAGUAUAAUAUACAAGAUUAACAAGGACUGGUUGAAAACAUCACUGAAAAUAAGGCUAUCACAGGUCUGCACCCUUCAUGUGCUGAACCCCCAUGGCAAUUCACAAGUGGCACACGCAAAUUCGCACACAAACAUGCACAAUAUCUAUAAAAAAUGAUUCUCCUUGGAUUUUAUGUUGAGUAAAGGGUUUACAACUAAGGAACGCAACAUGUGAAACGUGCUUAUGAAACUACACUUUGGAGCAGGCAUAGUUCAUCUCUGCAUUGUCAUAUUAGUUGUUAUUUUCAUGAAACAUUCUACCUGAUGCAGCACUGAACUGUGAAAGUUGAGAAAAAAACAAAUGAUGUCACAAGUCACAUGAUGCUAUAUUAUAAUUAAAUGGGCUUUGACAUAAUGGUAACUUUCUGAUCUUUACUCUCAAAUAGAGAUCGGAUUUGUGCUAAUAUGAUUUCCAAGUAAUUUUGGGUUUUUGUACUUCCCAAAUCGAAAUUAAGGCAAUAAAAUCAGACAGGCAAGAUUAUUCUAUAUUAAUGCAAUCUAUUUAUAAAGAGGCUGAAGAUUUGAGAAGGCCAUCAUAUCUGUAAAUAAUAAUUUCGAAAAUUGUAAGGAAAAAUACAGCUGUGGUUGUCAAGCCCUUCAGACCAGAAAUAUAGAAUGAAUAUAUUAGCCAAAUGAGAAAUCAAACAGAAUUCUACGAUUUUAGAAUGUCACGUAGAUCAAUUGUGCAAUCUGUCCUUCUGAUAAUUGUAACGAGGACCGUAAUCAUUGCACGUUAUUUUUAUUAAGAGAAAAUAAUGUAGACAAAUGUGAACUAUGCAUCUUCAAUCUUCAUGUAUUUCAAACGAAUCUGAAAAAUAUCCAGCAAGAAACCAAUCAACGCCCAGAAAUUUACUUAGUGUAAAGCAAAUUCAAACCUAAAAAAAUGAAUGUUUAAUUUUUAAAUAAGUAUAUAAAUAAUGAAGCAACUAACAAAAGAAUAUAUUAUAUAAUUAAUACUAGACAAUAUAACUUUAAUAGGAUACAGAAUACCGAAGGAUUAUUACACCCCUUUCGUCCCAGGUGGAAAAAGAAGAAAUUUAAAACAGAGGUAAUAUUUUAAAGCAUUUAAUAACUUAUGAGAACCUUAAGAUAAAAGAAUUUUAUCAUAAAUUCAUAAACUCGUCUAUGAAUACAAUGUCCUAUCCGACAUAUAUUCUCGCACCAGUUCCGUAUGCAUUUUUCCAGUCAACAAGAUGAACUUAAAUAUUUAAUGUUCCGUAAUUCAAUUGUUUGGGUCAUAAAUUCUGAAGUUUAAUUUUAAAAAUGAAGAAAUGAGGACAUUUUUUCAUUCUGUGCAAUCCAACAGGUCCUGUGGAAUUGUUAUAAGCCGUAUGUGUAGUGUUAUUGUGGUUUCAAAAAGAUGGAAUGUAUAUCACAAAAAUCGUAAACAUAUAUUGUGAAAAUAAAUAUAUUGAAAAAUAAACGUGAACUAAUAUUGUACUUACUGUGUUUUGUUUGUGUGACGACAACGGAAUCGGUAAGAGAUCUGUAUUUUCUUUUAUAAACAGAAUAAAAGCUGAAACAUUA